AUGGAGAAACUUGUAGCUAUGACGAAUGAAGAGUUAAAGGCAAGAAACAAACUUAAUCAUAUUCAUGACGAUCUUGUUUUCUCCAUUCUAUCAAAACUACCUCUCAAAUCUAUAAAGCGUUUUGAAUGCAUAAACAAAUCAUGGUCGAUUUUAUUUGAAAAUCAUAAUUUCAUGAAAAUGUUCCGCAACCAUUUCUUAUCUAAUAAUAACGAUUCUGAUUCUGGUGAUACCUUUCUCCUACUCAAUGAUGUUGAUCCGCCUGCGCCACCUAAAAAAUAUCGUAUUUGCUCAUUUUAUUUGCUCUCUAGUGAAAGUCAGCAGUUUGAUAAUAAGAUCAAGUUAGAUUUGCCAUUUUCAAUUGACGAUUUUGGUAUUGGUAUUUUUAUUUUAGGUUUCAACAGUAUUAAUGGUAUUUUUUGUGUUUGUCGAGAAGCUCCAAUAAGAUUCCGAAUUGUAUUAUGGAACCCGACUACUGCCGAAUUCUUUGCCAUUCCUCCUAGCUCUGAAGAGUGUGUACCUUAUCGGAGCCCUUAUUUGGGGCUUAUUGGAUUUGGUUAUGACCAUAUUAGAGAUGACUAUAAAGUCAUUCGAUAUACAACAUUUCUCCCAAUCACUGACGAAGAAAUAGAUGUGCCAUUGAAAGAUAGAUCGUUUGACCCCGUGUUGGAGAUUUAUAGUUUUAGUAGUAACUCUUGGAGGAUACUUGAUAUCGACAUGCCUUAUGUCUAUAUUGAUGAAUUCUCUCGUGGUACCGGAGUGCACAUCAAUGGAAUGUGCCAUUGGUGGUACAUGUAUGAAGGUUGUAGACUUGGACAGAUGGCGAGACACUUGGUGGUGUUAAAUGAGUCAAUUUCUUUGAUCUCAAAUUGUCCCGAUACAACUACCUUUCAUAUUUCAACUUUGGGUGAACUUGGCGUGGUGAAAUCAUGGAUUACACUCUUUGUUGUCGGGCCCUUACCUUUCAUUGAGUGUCCCAUUGGGGUUGGGAAGAAGGGCAACAUUUGCUUCAAAACAUACGAUGAUAAACUAGUUUGGGUUGAUUUAAACACCCAUAUAAUUGAUGAAAUUGGUGUUAAUGGAAAGAGAGGUAGUUGUCGUACAGGAAUUUACAAGAAAAACCUUUUUCCAAUUGGAGGAAUUAAUAAUUAG